UUGAGAAAAAUCCUCUUUUGUCCAACAUGCAGAUCUUUGCAAAUAAUAUUAAUCACAGCGCCAAUUAACACAGACGCAGAAGCAAUGCACGCUAAUAUUGCUCUAUAAAAAAGUGUUUAAAGUUAAGAGCCAAAGCUAUGCUUCCGUGUAAACUCCUUUCUAAUUGUCUUGCACACUGUAGGCGCAUCUGUGGCGCUCUGUCAGACUCUAAAUAAGGUGGAGUGUAGUGAGGUACCAAAUAAACUUCUCGGCGAAUAGCAGGGCUUCUGGGAGGAGUCUGCUCCUACAAGGAUGCUGAGGUACCCUCUCAACAUCUCUCAUGAAGCGAAGGAGUCGUGCUCAUGUCGUGCGCAGGGGAUUGAAAGAAGAUUCAAAUGAUAAAAGAUGAAAGUAGAAAAAAUGUGAAGACAUUCCUCAAGAAACUAAUUCAGCUAAAGAUGGACCGAGCCAAAGUUCUUGCUUGAAUCAGAAGAUCAGCUGGGACGACUUUUCUUUUCUGUCUGAGUUUAUCUCAACAAUCAACCUGCUUGACAGCCGCUCCGCAGCAUAACCAUGCCAGUUCUGGACCGAGAGUCUUCCACAGAUUUAGGACAUGCAGAUGGUCUGCCAAAGCUGCCACUGCCCAACCUCAAAGACACACUGGACAUGUACUUGAGGUGCAUGCAGCACCUGCUUACUGAAGAACAAUUCAACAAGACCCAAAAAACUGUGAAGCAGUUUGGAGGCCCUGGAGGAGUGGGGGAACUUCUACAGCACAAGCUCAUGGAGAGGAGGGAAAACAAGGCAAACUGGGUGUAUGACUACUGGCUGAAUGACAUGUAUCUGAACAACAGACUGGCUCUACCGGUCAACUCCAGUCCUGCAAUGGUGUUUCCCCAACAGAACUUCAGGGCUCCCAUUGACUCCUUAAGGUUUGCUGCUCACCUAAUUUCAGGAGUUUUGGAGUACAAGACCCUUCUUGAUGGCCGUGCCCUACCUGUGGAUUACGCCCGGGGCCAGCUGGCUGGAACCCAGCUCUGCAUGGAGCAGUAUUAUCGUCUCUUCACAUCUUACCGACUACCUGGACCUGAGAGGGACACACUAGUGGCUCAGGAGAGCAGUGUGAUGCCAGAACCUGAGCAUAUAAUUGUGGCUUGUAAAAACCAGUUCUUUGUUCUGGAUGUUGUGAUCAACUUCCGCCGACUGAAUGAAAGAGAUCUGCUCACUCAGCUGGAGAAGAUCGUCAAGAUGGCCGACAGUGAAGAUGAGCGUCUACCCCAUAUAGGUCUUCUCACUUCAGAUGGACGAACAGAGUGGGCUGAGUCCCGCAGCGUAUUAAUGAGAGAGUCAACCAACAGGGACUCCCUGGACAUGAUUGAGCGUUGUCUGUGUCUGGUCUGUCUGGAUGAUGCAAGUGGUCCAGAGCUUAGUGACACCACACGUGCUACUUUGAUGCUGCACGGAGGAGGCGUGACCAAGAAUGGGGGCAACCGCUGGUAUGACAAGCCGAUGCAGUUUGUUGUAGGAGCUGAUGGAUGCUGCGGAGUUGUGUGUGAACACUCGCCUUUUGAAGGAAUCGUUCUUGUGCAAUGCACAGAGUACCUCCUCAAAUACAUGAUUGGCAGCCCAUCAAAGCUGGUCAGGGCUGCAAGUGUGAGUGAGCUGCCAGCGCCUCGCAGACUCCGUUGGAAAUGUACUCCAGAGAUACACAAACUCAUCGCCUCCUCAGCUGACAAACUCCAGAGACUGGUGCGUAAUCUGGACAUGAAUGUCCACAAGUUCUGUGACUACGGGAAGGAAUUUAUCAAGAAACAGAAAAUGAGUCCAGAUGCCUACAUCCAGGUUGCUCUACAGUUAGCCUUCUACCUGUGUCAUGGUAGACCAGUGUCGACCUAUGAGAGUGCUUCCAUACGUCGUUUCCAGCAAGGGAGAGUAGACAACAUUCGCUCAGCCACACCUGAAGCCCUGGCCUUUGUUAGAGCAAUGACGGAUGAAAAACUCAGCUCAAGCGACACGGAGAAGUUGGAGAAGUUAAGAAAUGCCAUAACCGCACAGACAAAGUAUACUAUUCUGGCAAUUACAGGAAUGGCAAUCGACAAUCAUCUAUUAGGUCUACGUGAAAUAGCACAUGAAAUGAAGAUGGAGAAGCCAGAAAUCUUCAAAGAUGAUGCCUAUCUCAUCAGUAAUCAGUUCAUUCUCUCAACAAGUCAGGUCCCGACUACUGUUGAGAUGUUCUGUUGCUACGGACCAGUAGUUCCAAACGGAUAUGGAGCGUGUUACAACCCUCAGUCAGACCACAUCAUCUUCUCGGUGUCCAGUUUCCGUGAAAGCCCACAGACAUGUUCUACAGAAUUUGUAAAGUGCUUGGUGCAGGGACUCCGGGACAUGAAGGAUCUGUGCAAUAAAUGUAUCUCCAGCUCUGAUGCAGCAACUCAAGGAAAGGGUCAGACAGUAAGGAUGCACGCACAAAAGGAAGUAAACAAGCUGGACAAAAAUCAGCAGAGACCAUCUGACCCAAAUAUGAGUCAGAAAACACUACCACAGGUUCUGGUGAAGAGCCCAGACCAAAUUAAUGCUGAAACCCAAACCCAGACUUCAGAGCAGGGACAGACUUUGAAGAAUUGAAGUAAAUAGAAAGGAAGGAAGUUGUCAGUGCCAGUGAUGUUCAUGGUAGCUUUUAAAUAUCUGUUUUGUGCAGCAGUAAUUUAUUCGUCCUGAGUCACAAAACACACGGUAACUGUGAUCCAAAAUGUUAUGUCAGGGUGCAUUGUUGUAUAAAGUGUUGUAAAAUGUAUGGUGAUAAUCUAAUAAUCUUAAAGAAUACAAUUUUUUUAUAGAGGAAAUUUAUGGCCGUUGUUGCAAAAAAUAGCCAAUAUAUCACUGCAAAUUAAAUAUCUGUCAGUAUGGUUUCUGUAAGUUGAUAAGAAUUUUAACAAGAUUUACGCUUUUUAUUGUUAUUUUGCACAAAACUGAGAUGCAUCUGCCAAAGGGAAGAGUGUAUUCAUUGCUGGAUAAGCAGUGCCUGAGAGCUUGCCAGUCAGUUACACAGAGCAAAGAUGCAUGCUGCU